UGUAGACUGUAGAGGUAGCUAAAUAGUACAUAUGUGUAAUAACCUCCAAAAAUCAUCACAACCUUACAGCUAUCAAUUUACCUAUAUAGCUGCAUGCUGUAGCCCUGUACUGUACUGUAAGAGAUCCAUCCAUAGUAGAGCUAGGGAAGAAGAUACAAACAAGUACAUCCACCCCACCCCCACCCCCACCCAACAAACCCCAAAUUAGAUCUACUGUUCCAUUCAUUUCUGUAUAUCUUCUUUUACUCCCAAUCUUAACACACAGCUCAGUCAGAAUUAAAUUAAAGAAGAUGAGAAGGAGCCGAAAUACAAUUACAAUGUCGUCUGCACCCUCAAAUCUCUGCCUCUGCAAUUUUCUCAGUCACCAUAAAGCAGCAGCAGCAGCAGCCAUUACACUUUUUAUCAAUUAACUUUCUUCUUCUUAUCUGAAAAACCCUUGAAAAUAUUGCCCCUCUUAUAUCGUUUUUUUUUUUUUUGUCUUUUACUACUACUUUCUUGAUCUUCAGCUUGAUUAAUCUCUCGACCUAUAAUUAACUAGCUAGAGAUCAGAUCAUCUUAUAGGGAGAUCUGACUUAUCUGCUGUGUUUUGGCUUUUCUAUUUCUCAAAUUUUCUUGGGAUCUCUUCCAGCAGAAGCAGAAGCAGAAGAAGCAGGCCUGUGAAUCUUGGCAGCUGUCAGUCUACUCUACACGCUGUAAAAGCAAGAUUAGGUUGUGGAAAAGAGGAAAGCCUAGGAAAGUGAAGGCAGUUUUUCAGAGGAGAUAAAAGCUGAAGCAGAAGGGCAAAUUUAAGGAGCAUAGCAAUAUAUACAUACAAAUAUAUAUAUAUACAUCUGUAAGCAAGCUAAGAUUAUUAAGUAUUUAAUUAAGUGAUGAGAAGGGGUUUGUUGGGAUCGGAUGAGCCAAUGAAAGGUCAAGUUGGAGGAGGAGAAAUUGUACAGGUGAAGGGUGGGCACAUUCUGCGCUCCACCGGCCGGAAAGACAGACACAGCAAAGUCUACACUUCCAAGGGACCACGUGACCGGCGCGUGCGAUUAUCGGCCCACACCGCCAUCCAGUUCUACGACGUCCAGGACCGCCUCGGCUACGACCGCCCCAGCAAGGCCGUCGAUUGGCUCAUCAGAAAGGCUAAAUCCGCCAUUGAUGGUCUCACACAGCUCCCACCAUGGCACCCUCCCACCGCUGAAGAAGACUCAAACCCUAGCUCCAACGACCUCGCCCUCGACCCCCACUCCGCCGCCCCCUUAAUCGCCGCCGGCAGCAGUAGCAACUCCUCUUUCAUGGCUUCAGACUCCAUCGUCAACGCAAUGAAUAAUUCCUUCCCGGGCUUCACCACCACCGCCGCCGCCGCCGCCACCAGGGCGGAGGCGGCGGAGUUAGGGCUGUCUCUCCACAGCGACGGCGGAAAUUCCGGCAACUUGUUCCCCGACUGUUAUCAGAGAAUCAACGGGUUGGAUGGUAGGGUUGGAUUUGGCGCCAUGAAUUCACAGGCGGCGGUUGAGCCUCACGCGCUGCUCUCCCAAGGGCUGCUGCCUUAUUCUAACAGGGAACUCCUUCAGUCCAAUUUCGGGGAUCAAUCAUGGAACCUGCAGAGGCCGUUGCCUACCGCCGCCGUGUUUCAGCAGCACGCCAAUGGCUGCCAAUCCUCCGAUUUCGGAAGCCCUUUCGACUUCGGAUUAUUCGGCACCCCUGCAAGAAUUAUUUAUGGAGAGGAAGAACCCGACAGCCAUGUCUAGCUAGCUUCAAAGGAUUUUCGUCUUCUUCUUCUUUAAUAAAUAGCAUAUAUUAGGAUCGAUCGAAUCCAUCCAACAGUGUGGGAUUUCAUUAAUUCUUGCAUUACGUACACUUGAUCAAUAUGUUAUCAUUUUUGCUGGACUAAAUUUAUUUAACA